AGGACUUCAUUAAGGCGCGCGCGCGCACAAACACACACACACACACACACACACACCGCGGCGUAGCUUGCUCUCUCCAUCCUCGGAGGCGCUGGAUGGAAUUUUUGCUCUGUUGACCUUCACACGUAUUGGGGUUUGAACAGAGAGAGGGAGAAACAGAGGAGGCAAGAAGAAAGAAAGACAGGAAGAAGAAGAAGAAGAAGAAGAGAGUGUGUUGUUGUGUGCUGAGUGUGUGAGGUGUUUUGUUUUUUUUUUUCAUUCCCGGGCCUUCUCUCUCUCUCUCUCUCUCUCUCUCGCUCUCUCUAGCUCUCUCAGUCUUUUUCAUUAUUUAUUUCCGUUAUUGAUGGUGGGAGAUUUCCGCGCGUGCACGAAUCGCGUGGUGACAUUUGUGACAUUUUGGGUGUUUUCCGAGCGCGCGCCAUGGCUCGGCCGCGACCCCGCGACUAUAAAGCAGGAGAUCUGGUUUUCGCCAAGAUGAAGGGAUACCCGCACUGGCCCGCGAGGAUCGAUGAGCUGCCAGAGGGAGCUGUGAAGCCUCCUGCUAAUAAAUAUCCCAUCUUCUUCUUUGGCACCCAUGAGACUGCGUUCCUCGGCCCUAAAGAUCUGCUGCCGUAUAAAGAAUAUAAAGAAAAGUUCGGCAAGUCGAAUAAGAGGAAAGGCUUCAAUGAGGGACUGUGGGAGAUCGAGAACAACCCCGGGGUCAAGUUCACCGGCUACCAGAGUGUGCAGCAGCAGAGCUGGUCGGAGGGGGAGGGGGCUGAUGCAGCAGACGGCAGCAGUGAGGGUGAGGAAGGUGAAUCCAUCGGAGAGGAAGAAGAAGGAAAGGUGAAGGGUGAAAAGGUCGGAUCGAAACGGAAAAAGACCGCGUCUUCAAAGAAGUCGAAGUUGUCCAGGAAGUGCUCAGCUGAGGAGGAAGAGGAGAAGGACGGUAAAGAAGAAGAGGAGAAGAGAGACAACGAUAACGAUCUGCAGAACUCAGACAAGAAGACGUGUCCAGGGCAGAACCAGCUGCUGCGAGAGGAACAUUAGGUCCUGAAGAACAUCUGAUCAUGUUGUGGUUUGUUCCGUGCUGUUGGAAAUGUAACUCGCUUUGACAUCAUCAAAAUAAAAAAUAAAAUCAAAUAAAAAACAUUGUUAUUAUAAACUCACCGAUCAGUAAAUAAUAUUACAGCCACAAGUACAGAGAAAUUCAUCCACGUCUCAUCAGCAGAGCCAAGCUGAAGCUAAAGCACGUAGAGUUAAAGGGGCGGUAAGUCGUAUCCUCUAUUACAGAUGCAGGUUGUAAAGCUCUCCAGUGGAUUCGAUUGAAGACAGUUUUGUCCUUCCAGCGUUCCAGAGUCAGUGUGUGAAGUGUGAAUUCGGCUGAAAUGUUGCUUACUGCCCCUUUAAUGUGCAGUGUUAAUUACACUUUAUCAGAUGUAAUAUAGUCAUCAGUUUAGCGUAAUGAUCUAGCUGUAGCUGUUAUAGCUGGACUGUUCGCCUGGAAACCAGCCCACUCUCUCUCCGUAAACCCUCUGACCUUUCAGCCUGAACCCUGACCUUUCAGCCUGAACCUGACCUUUCAGCCUGAACCCUGACCUUUCAGCCUGAACCUGAGCUUCCCAAGUUAAACCUUGACUCUGUACACUUUAGGGAUGCACUGAAAUGAAAAUUCUUGGCCAAAGCCGAAUAUAAUGAAAAACCUGGCCGAAUACCGAACACGUAUUUUUGCGUUUUUUCCAUUUAUUUUGACAUUUUUUUCACCACUUCAUAAAUUAAAUAGUCAAAAUGUGCUUUUUACUAUUCUGUCUUGCUUCUCAAAGAAAAAAAUCAAUUACAAAAAAUACAGUUUCAAAAUAUUUAACACUGAACAUUUUUUUUCAUUCCAGCGGGCACAGGCUACCAACAAGGCACAAUAUAACUUUAAAUAAAUAAACGAGUAAAAUAAAAAUAUUGUGAUGUGGUCAUCUCUGAGCCCCUUGAAUAGCCGAUGUUCGUCCUGUAACUGACUGCUGAAAGAAUUUAACACUCUGUAGACUACAACUAAAAGUGCAAUGACAAGAGUGCAAAACAGUGGAUGGACCCACAACAAAUGAAUAAUUGUCCUGGACAUAUCUCUACUUCUUUAACGGCCAUUCUUACAUCCUUCUCUGACACUUUAAAAUGCUUCCACACUGCCGACAUGUUCGCUACAAUUAAAGCUCCGCGCGUCUCACUCCGGUUGCUGGGCUCUUUGGUCGCGUCAUCAAACACGUCAUUGUUCGGUCAAAUUUAUAUAAUUUAUUCAUUUAUAAAUAAUUUCGGUUGCCGAACGUUCGGUGCAUCCCUAGUACACUUUCACCUGAAUGUUUCAUUAAAACCCUGACAGUUUCCCCAACCUUUGUCCCAAAUGCUGACCUUUGUCCUUAAACAUUAACCUUGACCCUUCAACAUAACACUGGUCAUGUUUUGCUGCCUUUCUAUAAGCGUUUACUUUAACACUACCUUUUAAAUGUAAGCUCUGACCUUUGACCCUAACCCUGACAAUUUAACCCUGCCUUUUUUCCUUGCUAACCCUACACGUUUACGCUAAGCCCUUAUCGGUAUCCCUAGUGCUGACCUUUCACCCUAAUGUUGUUUUUCUUUCUACAUUAACUCUGACCCUGUCUGUAACCUUUGUUCUAACACUACCCUUUAAACCUAAACUCCUAUCUUUGACCCUGUCCUUGACCUUUCACCUUGACCUCCUUCUGAAACAUUUACAGUAAAAAAAAACUUCCUUUUAAACCUUUGACCUUAAUCUUGACCUUUUAUUAUUUACCUUAAACUCUAAUCUUUGACCCUAGCCUUAAACCCUGACCUCUUUCUGUAACUCACCCUAACCCAACCCCUGUGCCUAAACUCUGACCUUUCAACUCAGCAUUUUUACCCUAAACCUUUACAUUUCUUGUUUUCCAUAACCUUUGACCUUUCACCUUAUUUUUGUUACCCUUAACCCUAAACUUUCACCCUGACCUAUCAGUCUAACUCUGACCUUUUACCCUAAACUGUCACCUUUUAUUUCAAUUCCUGAUCUUUCAUGGCACUCUACACUCUCUUCUUUGAUAUUUUAUCCUCUGACCUUUGACCCUGUCCAUGUCGUGUGUAUAAACCCGUGAAGGACAGAGAGAGAGAGAGAGAGAGAGAGAGAGAGAGAGAGAGAAGUAUAAAUAGUGGAUUUGAGUAACACACUGUUGAUGGUUUGAGUUCAUGUUGCUGUAGAAUUCGGGACCACGCUAACGGAUAAAUGCUCUUUUGGGUUUUUUUAAAUGUUUUUUUGUUUGUUUGUUUUUUUUUUUUGUUUUUUUAUAAUUAAAGUGAAUUCUGGUUCCUGUGUCCGUGCGCUCGCUUGUUUCUUAGCUCUUUAGUGGCAUGCUGUCUGUCCUAUUAAUUCUGUAAGAUAGAAAUCAUUCGGAGAUUAGCGCUGAGUCUGAGGCAGGAGGUGUCUCCUACCGUUUAGCACUUCAUCACGUCAUCCCUGAACUGAAGACGCUCUUUUACUUCCUGAUCUGUGUUUAUAUAAAGAAUAUAUUCUAUUUAUUUUUGAUGAUGGUAGAUGAUACAUCUGUGGUAAAUGUUAGCGCGUUCACACGUCCUGAUUUAGUCACAUGACACGCGUUUCUGCGUCAGCGUGGGUGGAGCUUAAAAUGAUCCUAUGACACCAUCAGGGAGCCUGCUGGUACACACAGCCAACUUCCUGUUACAGUGCGUAAAUACACUCGCACGUCAAGCCAAAGAGUAAAAAAAAAAGUCUUGAGGUGAUGUCACACAAUCGAGUCCACUGAUUGGAUGAUGAGAUUAACCGUAAACCACGCCCACUGUUAACUCAAAUCUGCCUGUCAGUGAGUAAAAGCAGGACGUAGAGAUCAUCAGUGUAGAUUUUUUGCCCCUCCUUAUCUUUGUUAUGCUCGUUACAGUUCUAUCUUACAUUUUCAACGUUUGUAGUUCACUGUAAACUGUUUUUCCUGUUUAUUCACAAGACUUUUACAGAAUAAAUUUGUUGGAAUGCA